AUGUGGCUCGUUGGAAAAGGACGAUUAAAAAUAAAAGUCGAACAAUGUCGUGAUGACACACCUGAAGCCAUAAUUGAAUUGAUUCGUCAAUGUACAGAAUUUGAUCGUGAACAACGACCAAAUUUUUCACCUGAGAUUGAUGAUACAUUAUCAAAAUUUGAAUUUAUAUUUCCACGUUUACAACGUUCACAAUCAGAACCAUGUUUAAUUCGAAAUCCUCAAGAUGAUUUACUUGGUUUAUCAAUGAAUUUUGGUGUACCAAAAACUCCAUUAUCCAAUCAUCGACGUUUCAAUGCUGAAGUUACAUAA